GUAUCCACUGGUCGUAUCUGGUUCAUCGUUGAUUCGACGGCUUCGACUCUUUCGGCGGCGAGUGACGAGUGCUUGUAUUGUUUCGCUUUACAUAAACAUCCGUUGAGAAAUACGAAAAUAUUGUCCAACGAAAUUGCCCAGCCCUUGAACGCCGGCGGAAGGGGCUAAGGUAAAGGCAGUAAAGCAUGGAUGUGGAACAGCUGCAUACAAGCAGAAUCAUGACUCCAGAUGAAGAUGAAUUUGCCUCUGGUUUUGUUAUGUUGCCACACCAAGACGAAAGUAUUACUGUGGAUGCCUCCGCAGAUGCCAUUGAGAAGCUGCGCCUAUCGUUCAACUCUGGAGGCAGUGACGGGCCUGUCGAAGAAGCAGAGAGAUAUGUGAAAGACCUGAUGAAGGAGAAUACGAAUCUUAGAGAGAGCCUGGAGAAACACAUGGCAAUGCUGCAAUGCCAGUGCGACACUGUCACAACCUGGCAGAAGCAGUUCACAGAUGCGAAUGCUGUUCUGCAAAAGGCGCUGGAAGAGUCACGUGCCAAUGAAGAGGCUAUGCGAAAAGAAUGUAACCUCAAGGCCGCAUCGCAGGCAGACCAUCAUGAGGUGGUUGAGAAACUGAAGCAAGAGAUGAUUGCAAAGGAGGCUCAAAUUGGAGGACUCCAGGAUAAAGAAAAAGUGCUAGAAAACACAGUUGAAGAGCUCACUGAUAAAGUGAGCUCCCUCGAGGAAGCAUUACAAGACAUGGAAGCCAAAAACAAGGCCCUGAAUGAGCGGUACAAGGAGACAAUUGAGAGGAUGGAUCUCCUUGAGGUGCACGCGAACCACACACCCUCUGCUGGAAUGUUGACCCUUGAGCCCAUAUCUACAUUCUCAAGUGUGUCUGACAUUGUAAGUUGUACUGCCAAAGAUGUGUCAGGUCCUAAGCUUGCUGAAGUCAUUGUACAACUUCACAACGAGCAAUCCAAGACAGCGCAGCAGGCCCACGCAAUAUCGUCUCUCACCGCUGAGGUGGCUAAACUGACUGCUCAACUGAAAGAAAGUGAACAAAAGGUUGCUUCUCUAGAGGCCCUUGAACAUCAAGUGAAUGUCCAGUCCUCAUCAGAAAUAGCCAAUCAGGCUCGAAGGAUAUCAAAGUUUGAAGAAUCCAUAAUGCAGAGGGACCUACAGCUCCACAAUCAGCAAUUGCAGAACGAUAACUUGCAAAGAAGACUUGAAGAGAAAACGUCCGAAGUUGACUGUCUUAGGAGGGCAUUGCUUGAGGCCGAGCAGCGACAAGUUAAUUCUCAACAAAACUAUGAUGAACUGCUAAAGACAUGGCAGGAGUAUGAGACUAGUGGAGAACGAGCCUAUGUUACUGUGGAACAUGGGAGGCCUAAUGCGCAGCAGCAGCAGAAGCAGCUGAAUGACAAAAUCCAAGAGUUACAAACUCAGGCGUCUAUCAUGAACAAGGCAUUGGAUGAGAAAAACCAGCAGCUGACCGAGGUACAACGCAUGAAUGAAGAGUUCAAGAGGCAGCUCGAGUUGCUGCCGCCACUGCAAGCUCAGCUGGAAGUCUAUAGCACUGAUUACACCACUGAGAAAGAGCAGAGAGUGAGUGCCCAAGCACAGGUUGCAGAAUUGCAAGGACGCGUGCAGGAGCUGAUGAAUGAAAACACAAACCUUGUUUCCAGGCUAAGUGAUGGGCAAUCCGUACGGAGUGGCAGUGUCAUGCAUUCUAUCUCUGAGACAACUAGCAUGGGUAAUGGCCUGCUGUGUCCCUUAUGCACGAGGAGCUGUGCAACACAACGUGCUUACAUUGAUCACGUUCAGGCCUGUGUUGAAGCUACAGAGCCAAGUGGGCCAUGAAGUAGUGUGUUGCUGCCUGUACGGGAGUGUGGAUCCGCAAGCAUGGACAUUGUUUUGUUCUCUUUUGUGUAUCUUUAAAGAAUGUAGUCAUUUAAAGUGCCCCAUGCAUUAUGUACAAUAGGCUUUCAAGCAGAAGGGUUGUAUGUGACUUCUGAUGUGGUCUUGCAAUAUGUUACAAAGAAUGUACUCCAUGUGCCUUACCCAGCCUGAUGACAAAUAAUCUCUCAGCUUGAGGUUUUGUUUGUUUCUCCAUGUCCUGACCUGAAGUUAAAUUAACACUGUGCAUAAUGUGGUUUUUGAGAUCUGUGGUAACAGAUCCUUCAAAUAGUUUACUUUGGGUGUCAUCUCAUACAGGAAGUAAGGGUACAGGAAUACCAUUGUGAUUAAUGAAAUAAAAUUACUGUGUGUGA